AAGAAACCUCUGGAUUUCAAGAAGUCACAUGGUUCAAUCAAAACAUGAAAAAGGAAGGAUACUUUAACAAACACCUCAUCAAACACAUCUCUUAGUGUUCCACUUCGAGGCCAACGUUACAGAAAUGGGUCUGUUGGAUUUCCUGCGUCAUAUAGGAUCACAAAAUGAAGAGUCCUCAUCUGGCACUACUCCAUCUUCAGGACCUGCACUUCCUCCAACUUCUCCCAUUUUUACAGAGCCAUGGAGGGAAAUAUCUUGGGGAGACAAACAGACAGGUCUGGAAUAUGUGCAGGAUUACCAGCCUAAAAAAGAGGGUGUCAGCCAUCUCAGAGUUCUGCUUUAUGGUCCAGUUGGAUCUGGAAAGUCCAGCUUCAUCAACUCUGUCAGUAGCAUCCUACGAGGCAGAAUGGCCAUUCCAGCUGCAGUCAGUGCAGCCACCUCUGAAAUCAGUUUCACCACCAAAUAUGAAACUCAUGAAAUUGAACGAGAAGAUGGCUUUUACCCUCUGGUGUUCAAUGACAUCAUGGGCCUGGAGGAUGGGCCCAACAGAGGUGUCCAGACUGAGGACAUCAAACUGGCCAUGAUGGGACAUGUGAUGGACAGUCAACAGUUCAGUCCUGCGUCUCCAUUGUUAAAUGGAUGUGCAGGCUACAACAAAAACCCCUCUGCAAACGACAGAUGUCACAUUCUACUUUGUGUCAUCUCUGCAAAUGCACCAGAAAUUAAAGAAUCCGUUCUGGGUACCGACCUGGGGAUUCCUCAAGUGUGUAUCCUCACCCACAUUGACGAGGCCUGUGAUGUGACUGAGAGCAAUCUGAAGAACGUCUACCACAGCAAAUACAUAAAGAGAAAGAUGGAAGAGAUGAGCUCAUCAGUUGGAUUUCCAAUGAACUGCAUCUUUCCCGUGAAGAACUACAAUGAAGAAAAGGAUCUAGAUGAUGACAUUGACACUCUGAUCCUGGAUGCACUGAGAUACAUUAUUAACUUUGGAGAUGACUUCAUUAAGAAAAUGUAAACAUACAAACGAUGGAGACUCACUGCUAAAAAACAGACAGAUCAAUAUUACUGACUAAUCUUUAUGUUGUGGGUUUUUCUGUUUUUCUGUUUUUCUGUGUGUACUGGAUUCAGUAUAAGAUAAUACACCACUCAGUGCUCUAUUACCAGAUAAUAGGGCUCAGUUAACCUCAGCAGUUCUGGACAUAUCUGUACUAAACUUUUAACCAUUUUAAUACUGAUUCAAACCCACAGUAAAGACCUGCUGAAGUGCUCACAAAUGUUAAAGGCUAUUCAGCUGACUGAGAGGAUUAUUUAUUUUGGCUCUCUGAAAACAUUACCAUCCAGAUUCAAGAGAUAUUAGAUAACAGAUAAUAAAACCAUGUCAUGAAGACAACAGGAUUUCUUUUUAGGUUAGCAUCAUCAGUAAAUAAUACUAAAUUUUAUUUAAUGAACACCUUUUCAAGCACAGUUACAAAGUGCUUUACAAUAAUAGGCAGGCAGGUCAUUUCAAAGUCCAGGAGACCUGACUGUAAAGGCUCUGUCACCUUUGUGUCUCAGUCUGGAUGAGGACCACAGAGAGAGGGAGCUCAGAGUCAUGUACACAGGUCCAAACAGAGGAUAACAAGUCAAACAUUCCUUUUAAUUACUCAAAAUAACAAUUACUGUUUGUCUGAGAAUGCCUCUUUUCUUUUUGCUUGACAUAUACUCAUAGAUACUUUAAUAGAUUCAGAGAUUAUUACUAGUAAUCUAUAAGCUUUUAAUUUGAUAAUGUGCUUCUUUUGAUUAUUGCUUUAAUCGAUUAAUGAUGAUCUGAAUAAUGGAAUCUGUGAUUUGGGGAUAGACAUAUAAUGAGAUAUUUUUCAUUGCUCAUGUUUUGCAUAUUAAAUGAUUAUUACUCAGCAUUGACUUGAACUGAAGUAUUGAUUGGUUAGGGAAAUUGAUUAUUUGGAUUGAGUGAUUGGUAAUUUUGUCUUACUCGUAUGUAAUUCAGAUCAGAAAUGAUGUAUUAUACAUGAAUGUAAAUCUUGUACUCAGUGUAUGUUUCCAUGUAUUCUUACAUUUUGAGAUGAAGUAAAAUCUUUCUUAACUCCCUGA